AUGGGUCGCGUGAUUCGUAACCAGAGAAAGGGUCAGGGUGGUAUCUUCACCUCCAACUCCCACUUGCGCAAGGCUCCUGCCAAGUUCAGAUCUCUCGACUACGCCGAGCGCCAUGGAUACGUCCGCGGUAUCGUGAAGGAGAUCGUCCACGACCCCGGCCGAGGUGCUCCCCUCGCCAAGGUCAUGUUCCGAUCCACCUACAAGUUCAAGCAGCAGACCGAGACCUUCAUCGCCAACGAGGGCAUGUACACUGGCCAGUUCAUCUACGCCGGAAAGAACGCCGCUCUGACCGUCGGUAACGUCCUGCCCCUGGGCUCCAUGCCCGAGGGUACCGUCAUCUCCAACGUCGAGGAGAAGGUCGGUGACCGUGGCGCUCUGGGCCGCACCUCCGGCAACUACAUCACCAUCGUCGGCCACAACCCCGACGAGGGCAAGACCCGCGUCAAGCUCCCCUCUGGUGCCAAGAAGGUCAUCUCCAGCUCCGCCCGUGGUAUGGUCGGUAUCGUCGCUGGUGGUGGCAGAACCGACAAGCCCCUCCUCAAGGCCUCGCGUGCCAAGCACAAGUUCGCUGUCAAGCGCAACAGCUGGCCCAAGACUCGUGGUGUUGCCAUGAACCCCGUUGAUCACCCUCACGGUGGUGGUAACCACCAGCACAUUGGUAAGGCCUCGACCAUCUCGAGGUACGCUGCACAGGGUCAAAAGGCGGGUCUCAUUGCCGCCAGAAGAACUGGUCUGCUGCGUGGUACUCAGAAGACGAAGGAGUAA